UGUGCUGGUCGGGCCUGUAACCCUCCCAUGGGGAACCUCGCCUUGGGCCGAGGACUACUCACCCAGUCUGUGUGUGGAGCUAACUCCACUGAGCCCUACUGCUCCUACCAGCAGAUGUUUAGUUCUACCCCUUCCUUCCACAGAGACACUUCCUGUCCAGCUGCACCCAAAUGCAGCAAGUGCAACGCAGCUCUCCCCCACCAGGCUCACCUGGCCUCUGCCAUGACCGAUUCCUCAUUCCGAUACCCAGAUACCUGGUGGCAGUCUGCCGAGGGGGCGGAGACAGAAACCCUCCAACUAAACCUGGAGACAGAGUUCUACUUGACGCAUCUGAUCCUGGUGUUCCGCUCCCCCCGGCCCGCCGCUAUGUUGCUGGAGCGUUCUCAGGACCACGGGAGGACCUGGAAGACCCUCAGGUACUUUGCGAUGGACUGUGAGGACACCUUCGGCCUGGCAGAGGAGGCUCGUGUGAAGGAGAAAGGAGAGAGCGGGGCGGCCUGCACCUCCAAAUACUCAGGAGCGUUCCCAUGUACCCGAGGAGAGGUGAUCUAUCGCGCCCUGUCCCCCUGGCACUCACUGGACCCCUACGGCCCAGCAGCCCAGACUCAGUUGAUGGUCACCAACCUGCGGGUGCGUCUGCUGCAGCGCCAGCCUUGCCCCUGCCAGUCUAAAGACCCAGAUACCCAGACACUGCCCACAAACCAUUAUGCCAUCUAUGACUUCAUCGUCAAGGGCAGCUGCCUCUGCAACGGGCACGCCGAGCACUGUGUGCCAGCCAAUGGGUACCGCCCCGCCAGGCAGAGGAUCAAUCACGUGGUCCAUGGGAAAUGUGUGUGUAAACACAACACUGCCGGCGACCACUGUGAGCACUGUGUUCCCCUCUACAAUGACCAACCCUGGCAAGCUGCCAACGGCAUCAUAGGAGCACCUCAUGAAUGCAAGAAGUGCAAGUGUAACGGCCAUGCAGAUAGCUGUCACUUUGACCGUGGUGUGUGGCUGGCAUCGGGACGGCGUAGUGGGAGUGUGUGUGACGUCUGCCGCCACAACACAGAGGGCAGACACUGCCAGAGCUGCCGUAGAGGGUUCUACAGACACGCCAGCAGACCUAGCUCUGCCGCUGACUCCUGCACACCAUGCGCCUGCCACCCUGCAGGGUCUAGACCCGCGAUCUCAGGUGGCCAGGACCUCUGUAACCCUAGCAACGGGGCAUGCACCUGCAGAUCGGGCGUGGGCGGUCCUCUCUGUGACAGAUGCAUUGUAGGGUUCUGGGGCUUCCAUGGUUACGGGUGUAGACCGUGUGACUGUACAGGGGGGGACUGUGACCCCUACACUGGGGACUGCUUGUCUGGCUCAGAUCUGGACGUGUACCAUACAGGAGGUGACAGCCACAUACACAGAGGACCUAGCAGUAGUGAGCUAGCAACACUGUUUAGGGUGGAGGAGCUGUUCUCUGCACUGCACCACUCUGAGAAAUGUCAGUGUAAGGUGAUGACUAUAGGCAGCCCCAAACUCUUCUGUGCCAACGAGUAUGACUACGUGCUGAUGGUGAGGAUCAUGGCGGCCCGUGAUCAGGGCUCCCAUGCUGAGGUGGAGGUCAAGGUAAAGAAGGUCCUGUACCACGGCAGCCAGGUGAACAUCAAGAAAGGUCACAUCACCCUCUACCCAGAAUCCUGGACCACCCGAGGGUGCACCUGCCCCCUCCUUAACCCAGGAUCAGAGUAUCUGGUGGGGGGCCACGAGGACCGGAGGACGGGUCGUCUGCUGGUGAACACCAAGAGCCUGGUCAAACCCUGGAGGCCCAGCCUGGGACGCAAGCUCCUGCACCUCCUCAACAAACACUGUAGCUCUUCCUCCUCCUCUUCCUCUUCAAGGAAGACUGCAGCAGAGAGACUGCAGAAUGCAAACGUCUUUAGUCUGCAGAAGAAAGACUAGAGCCAUGGAACAAGAUGAAGAGAGGGAUAGAGAGAGGGGUGGAGAGUUAAAAGUGAUCCAUGUUUUGGUGGAUUGCAUGAGAAGGACGAUGAGCCGACUAUAAAGACGUGUGAGAGUGUAUUUUUGGACGAAUGUGGGCUGGACAUGGGGAUACAGCCACAGCUCGG